AUGGAGGUCGCCGUCAGCGCCGCGCGCUGGAUAGUGGGCAAGGCGCUGGCCCCCGUGACGGGCGGUUUGCUAGAGGCAUGGGCGGCCAGCAACGGGCUCGGACCCAACGUUGACGCCCUCAAGAUGGAGCUGCUAUACGCGCGGGCCAUGCUCGACAACGCACAAGAAAGGGAGAUCCGCAGCCCUGCGCUGAAGGAGCUGCUGCACAAGCUGCAGCAGCUGGCCUACGAUGCCGACGACGUGCUUGAUGAGCUCGAGUACUUCCGCAUCCAAGACGAGCUCGAUGGCACCUACCAUGCCGCCGACGUGCACGCCGGGGGCUGCGUCCACGGACUCGCCCUUAACGCUCGCCACACGGCCAGAGCCAUAGCUGCUAAACUCAACCUCUCCUCUGGCUCUAGUAGUGACAUGAACGUCCAAGUCCAGGGUGAUCCUGAUAAGCAAGAUGGUAAUAAUGCAAAACAGGGGUGCCUCUCUAGUGUCUGCUCAUGUGGCGGGCGGACUGUCAGCUCCUCGCCGCCAUCUCCUACCACCAACCAGGAUGACGGCAAGGUUCACGGCGGAUGCAUGCAAAAAUUGGCUUCUAGUAAUACCCACGCCGCCUCAUAUAUCAGUAAGCGCCUCUUCCCAUGCCGCCCUUUAUUGACCAUAAUAUCAUCUGUUGGUGCACACUCUGACAUGUCUGAGGAUCAUCACAUGACAGGAAAUGGAGGGCAAUUCUUCGGUGGCGUCUUGUGUGGCAAGCGUGAGGGCAGCUCGUCAACGACAUCUCCCACCAACCGCAGCAAAAAGAAGGUUGGCGGUGGAUGCCUGCUGAAAGUCAAUUCUGCUGCUCGCAGUACUGGCCAUGCCGUUGGUAAAUGCCUUCCAUGCUGCUCCUUCUCAUCCGUCGAUGAUGGUGAAGGACAUCACAGAUGCACAGAGCACCUCAAGCCUAUAUGUGCUAAGGUCUCCAACAUUCUGAACCUAGAGUUCAUAGGCACCAACCGUAUCACUGAAAAAGACAUUGCUAAGAAACGACCUGUAACCACUUCAGGCAUUACAGAGAAUCAAUUAUAUGGGAGGGACAUCCAAAAGAAUAGAAUACAUGGCAUUGUUCAUCGCAACUGUUCUGCUAAUAAUGAACUUGUUGUGCUUCCAAUUGUUGGUCCUGGGGGAAUUGGGAAGACAACUUUCACACAACACAUCUAUGCAGAAUUGAAGAGCCAUUUUGAGGUCACAAUUUGGAUAUGUGUCUCCCUCAAUUUUACUGCUAGUAGGUUGGCACAUGAUGCUGUGAAACAAAUUCCUAAAGUUGACGGUGAAAAUAAUUACAGUAGUGAUCAGGAGCUAAUUGAACAAAGAUUGAAAGAUAAACGGUUUUUGCUUGUGUUAGAUGAUAUGUGGGCAUGUCAUGAGGAUGAAUGGAAAAGACUACUGGUACCAUUUGGAAGAGGGGAGGGAAAAGAUAACAAAGAUGUCGAGGACAUAAAGAACUUCAAGUACUAUAAAAAUGACUUGAGCACACUUGAUAAAAGGCUGAAAGUUGAAAACCUGCGUACAUUGAUGGUAUUCAGAGAACACCAUGGAAGCUUUGCCAAGACUUUCUGUGAUUUAUUUGAGAAAGCAACAGCCCUCCGUACUAUUUAUUUGUCUGGGGCGUCAUAUACUGUGGAGGAUAUGUGCUGCAACCUUUCAAAGCUUAUUCAUCUUCGCUACCUAAGGAUCAAAUCAGUUUACUUGGGAAAGUCGGCCGUUAAUCUUAGUGCUCUCUCUAGACUUUAUCAUUUAGAGGUCAUAGAUCUGCAGGAAUGCAAAGGCUGCUAUGGUUUCACAAGACAUAUGAGCAACAUUGCAAAAUUGUGUCACUUUCUAGUGCCAAAUUAUGAGCUUCAAUUUCACUCAAACAUAUUUGAGGUGGGAAAAAUAAAAUCAUUGCAAGAGUUAAGGAGCUUUGAAGUUGGAAAAGAAAGUAAGGGUUUUGAACUAAGUCAGCUUGGGAAAUUGGCAGAACUUGGAGGUUCACUUGCCAUUUGUAGUCUUGAAAGGGUACGAGGAACGGAGGAAGCUACUGAGUCCGAAAUGGUACACAAAAACAGGUUGCACAGUCUAACAUUAGAAUGGGAUGUCAAACAACAUAACAAGGAUCAUAUACAAGAGGAAAAUGUUCUAGAAAUUGUGAAACCACAUAGCAAUAUCUGUGGCAUAUGCAUUAGAGGGCAUGGAGGUACUAACUGCCCAAAAUGGCUUGGUGAGAACCUCUCUGUUAAAAAUCUAGAAUCUCUUCAUCUGGAUGAUGUGUCUUGGGAAAAAUUUCCACCUCUUGGAGGACUGUGGCUGGUCAACAAGCAUGGGAAGGAUGAUCUUGAUAGCUCGUUUUGGAACACAUUGGCCUUUGAUAAUCUAACUGAACUAAAAGAGUUGGUGAUGGAAAGAUGCCCUCCUCUCCCACUGCAUCAAUUUCAGGUUCUAUCAUCCCUAAAGACCCUCCAGCUGCGGCAUUCAAGCGGCAUUGUGUUCUCGUUGGUUAAAGGUGAGAGUUGUGCCAAAUAUCACUUUCCAAUCGAAUGCAUGGACAUCACCAGGUGGGGUGGUAGUGUUAAGGAAUUGACACAACUACUCAAUUAUUUCCCCAAGCUCUCAGAACUGGACGUGUGGUCAUGUGACAAGAUAACAGGUCUAGGUGUAAGAGAGAAGCAGGCCGCGGCAACACCUGAGCCACCAUCUUCAGCUAACAAAGUGGAUGAUGCACAAAUCAAGGAGCACCCACAAAGGGGAGAGGAGAAAACAGCAGCAGAAGGGAUGCUGCUCUUGCCUUCCCAAUUACAAAAGUUGAAGAUCUGGAACUGCCCAAAUCUGGGCCUCCACUCCAAUCCAGUUCGAGUCGACGACAACAGACAAGUUGGACGAGCCGGUGGAGGACAAGGACUCCAAGGCCUCGUGUUGAAGUUGUACAUUCUUCUAGCCUCCGGAUUCUCUUUUUCGAAAGAUCUAGCCUCCGGAUUCACAUUGUAUCUAUACAUGAUUAUGAGUUGCCAAGCAUGA